ACAAAUGAAAAAUGUCUAGAAAAGCAGUAUCCAUUACAUAAAGCUUGCCGAGACGGCGACCAGGAAACUCUGUCUUCUUUGUUAUUGUUGAAUCAACAUGAUUUGUAUGAAGAAGACGGCUUUUAUGGAUGGACUCCAGCACAUUGGGCUGGUUAUUUUGGAAAGCUAUCCUGUUUAAUGAAACUGACAGAACAUGGUUUAAAUUGUGACUGUGCUACAGUGAGAUUUAAUCAGGCUCCAUUACAUGUGGCUGCCCUAGGUGGGAAUAGUCAUUGUUUAAAAUGGCUGUUACAUUGUGGUGCUUCUCUCAACAGACAGGAUUAUUUAGGUGAUACUCCCUUACAUAAAGCAGCUAGAGCUGGUAGUAUGGAGUGUAUAAGUUUGUUGGUAGCACAAAAUGCUGCUCUAGAUAUAAGAAACUAUAAUGGUCAGACAGCUAGUGAAGUGGCAGCCAACUCCUCUCAUAAUCAUUGUUCAGAAUAUCUACAAAAAGCAUUAGAGCUUCAUCAGAAU